AUGACUAUUGGGCCAACCAUUUUUACAUGUCUACGUUGUCGUGAAGAAUGGAUCUUAAUAGUUUUGGCUGUUGGGCAACUCUCUCCAUGGGCAUUCAAAAUGGUAAAUGAUGCUGUGGCAUCUAGAUCAAAUAAUGAUUUUGGCCGUGACGAAUUUUACCUUGCAUGUGGAAUUCCUUUGUCAAUUUUACUGUCUCUUACUGGAUGGACCGGUCUGAUAGCAUUGAUUAUUAAGCUAGAACAUACGCAAUAUGCAGUUAGUCGUUUGGUAUUUUUAUUAUUUACACCAUUCUUGUUUUUGAUAUGUAUACCAUAUGUGAAGGGAGAAUCAAAAAAUGCUAUUAGAUUGAUGAUCUGUUACGUAGCUGCAACAACACAUCUUAUAGGAACACAUUAUAUUCUUGGUAGUACUUCUGGAGAUUUCUCUGGGCUUAAAACUUCAGGGUUUUUGUCAGCUAUUAUUUUCUUUGUUGGAAAACGAUUACUAUUUUUAGACAUUUCAUGUCAUUGUUAA